AUGUCAAAAGAUGAUCUAACACCCAAUACCAACGAACUUCUUCAAGAUAUAUUGAACAAAUUGCGAAUCAAAUGCUCAUACUGUAAGGAAAAAAGACUAACUCGAGGUGACUUCGACACUCAUUAUCGCGAGACGUGCCAAGAAGUUGCUGUUCAAUGUUCAUCAGCGAAUGACAAAUGUCCGUGGAAAGGGCCGCGUCGUGAGCUGCAGAAACAUUUGGAAAAAUGUUUUUUCUACCUGUUUAGAGACCAAAUUGCUGAAUCAUAUACUGCUCAACAACAAAUGAACGACAAAAUAGAGCAACUAGCCGCUGAAAAUGCUCGUCAAAAUGGUGUCAUAAUCGAACAGCAAAAACAAUGCCAAUAUGUGCAAAAUCUUUUGGAAAACUUUCAAGCCUCGAUCGCCCAAAUUUUAAAUUGCAUUGAACAAACAUCGGGAAUAGUAGAUCAACAGAAAUAUGAGAAUAGACCUGCCGAAUUUUACUGUGGAUCUACGCCAGAAAUCCAAAACAACCAAAAGAAUCCGAAUCACAGUUCUAUCAACAUCGAUUCGUCACUCGCAAGUGAAACUGUAGGAAAAAAACUAGCACUCAUAUCAACACAAAUCAAUGACGAUUUCGACGAGCAACACCUGAGAGACGAUCGAUGCCCAAGUCAGAAUCAACGUGUAAAUUCAGGCCGUUUUGUUUCCCCCGUAUGUGCACACAUUGAUGUCGCUCGUGAAACGAAUCCUGGUGAGCCUAUCAUUGAACUACCUCAUACCAACCAAAAUUCCCGAGCGUCAGUGGUCCACGAUAUUCACAAAACUACCUCUCCUUCUGAGGCACGCAUUAGACCUUUUGUAAACCCUGAUAUUCAGCCAGCAGUUCUACUCGACCGCCAACAGCCUAUGCUUCAUCUGACUGUUCAGGGUAAUUCCCACUGUGGUAAUGUGAAUAUUAAUAUUGGUGAAAAUACCAAUGCUGGCGGUGGUAUUGAUCAUGGGAGUACUAUUGGACACAAAUAUCCUGAUACAAACACCACGGGAGGCAAUGGUCAAACUGUUAAUAGAAAUCUUGCUCGUCUUGGUAAUCGUUCGCUUCCAGCAAUACCUCGCAAUAAUUUUGGUAUAGCCGAGCACGGAUCAGAUGGUGAUUCAGAAGCUAGCGAUUAUCCUCGAUCUGCCAACGAUCUUUCCGAUCGCUCGUCGAUAAACAGACAUACUGUGAAUCCUUACGUAUAA